AUGCUAGUUGAAUUAAUUAUUAAUCAUGUAAUAACAAAGAAAUUAUCAAUGUCUGUGAAUCUUUCAGAAAAUAUUGCUACUCAAGUAGAGAAUUUGUUUCCUACAGAAGUCAAGGAUACAUAUUUUAUGAGAGGCGGAUUAAAUAAAAAUCCAAAAGGAAAGAUAUAUGCCAAAUUGUAUAACUCCAUGAGGUUACUUAAAACUAGUGGUUUAGUUAUCGACAAUAAAGUAACUGCAGUAGACACAAAUACUCAUAGACAAUUUGAGCCCGAAUGUGAUAUCCAACAUAUUUUGGAUCCAAUAUUUUAUGACUCUGAUAUAACAUUUCCUGAGUUACUAACUUUAUGGAGUGCUACAACAAAGUUCAGAGUAGAUGAUAUUCAAAAAGCAUCUUCAACUGAUGAAAUAACCAAAAAAUGGAAGAACUAUUUAGUGCCACUUGGAUAUAAAUUAAUUGAAAUUGAUUUCAAUACAUUGUACCCAAAUUGUAAUUUAGUUUCAUAA